UGUGACUUGUAGCCGUUGUACUCUGUGGUAGACGCUGAACUGACAUCCUUCCAUGAGGCUAGCAGGCUUUUAAUGAGGGCAAAGCAGCUUAGAAUUAUAUCCAAGCCCUCGGGAUGUAGCACAACAUAGACACACUUGAUAGCGUGCAGUCACCUCGCUCGUACUACUACAGACAUCCUCAAUCGCAGUCCUAAGUACUAGCUACAACUCACAAGACGUAAGGUAACAUUAUUGAUAUCUACUCUGCUGCUUAUGGAUUUGGCAAAACACACAAAGGAUGCUGCAUGCACGUGCAAGCUGACAUGAUAUCAUCAUGUUUUCCAGGACUUGAUGAAUAUCUGCCAUUUGUGGCUGUAGACAGCCACCAAGCACGGGCCCGGAGACAAUGUUUCAUUUGAUGAAGAAAGACAAAGAGAAGGACAAGGAGAAGAAAGACAAAAAGGAGAAGAAGGAGCGCAUGUCCCCCGCCGAGUUGAAGAGUCUGGAAGAGAUGAGCAUACGUCGAGGCUUCUUUCACCUCAAUCGGGGGAGCUCCAAGAAGGAAUCGAGGAGCAAGUUGGAGAUCUCGGGUCCUAUUCCCAUUAAGGUGGCAAGCAGCCAGGAUCUCAGCCUCACAGACCUGGAUGCUGAACACCCGACCAGCUGCAACAGCAUAGCGCAGGAUGUGGGACCUCUUGAGGAGACGAAGGACGUUGACCACGACCAAAUACGCAGCUCCGUAAAGGAGAGAGCGGCUAAGUUUGGGGAAUUAGCCAGGUUGAAUUCUUGGGCAAGCCUGAAGCAUCCAGCUAGCUCCCAAGGGAACAAUGCAUGUGAUGCUUCAAGACUUUACGGGCAGAAAUUGAGGCCACAGAUAUUUUACCAAGGGGGCAAAGGUCAAAAGCCAUACAGGGUUCACAUCCCAGAGCUCGUGGAAAAGACGUUCCCAGGGGUUGACCUGCAGUUACCUGCGCUCGUUGCCCCUCCAGUACCCGACCCGAGAGAACUGAAGCUAAAGCGGCGCAACACUGGAGAUUUUGGCUUCUCUCUGAGGCGGACCACCAUGCUGGACAGGCAGCCUGAUGGAGGCCUGUGUCGGCGGGUGGUGCACUUUGCUGAGCCCGGUGCUGCCGCCAAGGACGGGGUGCUGGGCCUGCUGCCAGGAGACAGGCUGGUGGAGAUCAAUGGGAUCAAGGUCGAGAACAGGAGCAGGGAUGAGAUUGUGGAGAUGAUCCGUCAAUCUGGAGAGUCUGUGCUGCUGAAGGUGCAGCCCAUUUUGGAGCUGAGUGAGUUGAAUCGCAGCUGGCUGAGGACCUCACAAGACCACAACAAGGAAGACUUCAUCGUUCAAGUUGACAACAAGGCAGAUGCUGUAGAUGCUAGUCAGUCACAGGCGAUCACCAAACCCGGGCUAGACACAGGAAGUGGUCCACACGCAACUGCAGCAUCAGCCGAAGAGACCACGAGUAACGCUGCAAUGGGCGGUCCAGACACUCCAGGAGACGAACAGAAGUCCGGUGGUAAAAAGGUGGUGAAGAUUGUGAGAAGAGUUGUUCGGCGUGUGGUUCCUGCAGGGACGGACCAGCAGAAUCAACAAGCUGUGUCCGAGGCCGCUAAGGCCACCUCAAGCUCAGCACCGAAAACCAGCAAGUCCUCUGGGGAGGAUAAGGAUGACCUCUCCAUGGGCUUGACCAGCCUCAUGGGCAGAGGAAGAACAAAGGAACACCGACCUCGCACUCGCACCCAAGACCGCAAAGAAGAUGUAAAAGAGGAGCUGAAACAGGAGGACACUAAUGUGGAACCGCCCGAGGAGUCUCCAUCCCCAAGUGUACCCAAGAGUACAUCAAACCCCCUCACACCACCGACGGGUUUUAACCCUUCACCCAAGCCUGACCCUUUGGCCCCACCUGCCGGCUUCAUCCCAGCCCCUAAACACAAUCUUCUGACUCCUCCGGCUGGCUUUAUACCUGCCAGAAAACCCAGUCCGGUUCCACCAAAACAGACUCAACUGGCAAGACCUGCAGGUUUCCUCCCUGUCCCAAAGACAGACCCUCUGGCACCCCCUGCAGGGUUUAUCCCAAAGCCACGUUCGGUUGCUGUGAAGAAAGCAGAGGUCCCAGAGCUCAUACCCACUGAGGAAGAUUACAAGCGUGUGAAAAGGAUCUUCACCAUCUCCGGCAAUGAUCCCAAGGCUUCCGAGGAUCCUGUGGCCAUUCUCCAAGCGGCACACUCGGCAGCGAAGGGCAAGACGGAAGAACACAUUGCUGCGGAGAGAGCCUGGUACAACACUGAAAAAGUAUGGCUCGUCCACAAAGAUGGCUUUUCCUUGGCAACUCUCCUGAAGACCGAUGCAGGCAGUCUGCCAGAGGGGAAGGUGAAAAUCCGCCUGGAGAGUGAUGGAUCUCUAUUAGACGUGGAUGAAGAUGACGUGGAGAAGGCAAAUCCUCCGUUGUUUGAGCGAGUGGAGGACCUGGCCUCUCUCCAGUACUUAAAUGAGUCCAGUGUGAUGCACUCACUACGGCAGCGCUAUGGCGGCAACCUGGUGCACACCUACGCCGGGACCAACAUGGUGGUCAUUAACCCCAUUAGUGCCCCUUCCAUGUACUCUGAGAAGGUGAUGCAAAUGUUUAAAGGCUGUAGGCGAGAGGACAGCGCCCCCCAUAUUUACAGCAUGGCCCAGUCUGCCUAUCGGAACCUCCUGACCACUCGCCAGGACCAGUCCAUCGUCUUGCUGGGCAAAAGUGGGAGCGGCAAGACCACCAACUGUCAGCACAUCAUCCAGUACCUUGUCAGCGUUGCUGGCAGCACCAACAAAAGCUUUUCAAUGGAGAAGUGGCAGGCGGUGUACACACUGCUAGAGGCCUUUGGGAAUGCUUCCACCUGUAUGAAUGGGAAUGCUAGCCGCUUCUCCCAUAUUGUUUCUUUGGAUUUUGACCAGUCGGGCCUGGUGACCUCAGCCUCUAUUCAGACGAUGCUUCUGGAGAAGACGAGGGUGACCAGAAGACCGGAGGGCGAGUCCACUUUUCAUGUGUUUUACUACCUAAUGGCUGGAGCUGACGGCGCUCUCAGAACGGAGCUUCACCUCAACCACUUUGCUGAAACCAACGUGUUUGGGAUCAUGCCUCCGACCAAGGUGGAGGACAAGCAGCGGGCCUCCCAGCACUUUUCCAAGCUGCAGGCCGCCAUGAAGGUGCUGGGGGUCGGUCACGAUGAGCAGAGAGCCUUCUGGCUGGUACUGGGGGCCAUCUACCACCUGGGAGCUGCGGGGGCGACAAAAGCUGGCAGGAAACAAUUUGCACGUCAUGAGUGGGCCCAGAAGGCAGCCUACCUGCUGGGCUGCACCCUGGAAGAGCUCUCCUCCUCCAUCUUCAAGCACCAGGCCAAGGGCACCCUGCCCAGAUCCAGCAGCAUCCGCCAGGCUCGGGAGGAAAGCGGUGCAGCAGACGCAGGACCCAAAGCUUCAGCCAUGGAGUGUUUGGAGGCCAUGGCGUCCGGCCUGUACUCUGAACUCUUCACCCUCAUCGUGUCUCUCAUCAACCGGGCCUUGAAAUCAAGCCAACUUCCUUUGUGCUCCCUGCUCAUCGUGGACACGCCGGGCUUCCAAAACCCCAGGCUGCUUAAGCGAGACUGUGGCGCAACUUUUGACCACCUUUGCCACAACUACACCCAGGAACGUCUGCAGGGUCUCUUCUACCAGCGCACCUUCCUCCAGGAGUUGGAGCGAUACAAGGAGGAGAACAUAGACAUCGUCCUGGAUGACCCAGAGGCCAACACGUCUUUGUCGGUGGCUGUGGUGGACCAAGCAUCAAGCCAAGCACUGGUGCGUAGUGGACAGACAGACGAGGCCCGUGGGCUCCUGUGGCUGAUGGAGGAGGAGGUUCUGCAGCCGGGGGCGUCGGAGGAAACGCUGCUGGGACGUCUGUUUAGCUACUACGGCCCAGCUGAAGGCGAGACCAAAGGUCACACUUUCCUUCUGAAGAGUGAAAAAGAAAAUCACUUCCUGCUGGGCCACAGUCACGGCACCGACUGGGUGGAGUACGACGCCAGAGGAUGGCUGAACUACGCCAAGCAACAUCCCGCCUCAACCAAUGCCAUCAGCCUGCUGCAGGACUCCCAGAAGAAGAUCAUCAGCUCCUUGUUCAUGAGCAGAGCAGGUGGCGCGACGGUGCUGUCGGGCUCCAUCGCGGGUCUCGAGGGCGUUUCCCAGCUGUCCUUGCGACGGUCCUCAAGCAUGAGGAAGACCUUCACUUCAGGCGUGGCUGCUAUCAAGAAGAAGUCCGUGUGCAUACAAAUAAAGCUUCAAGUGGAUGCUUUGCUGGACAUGGUGCGGAGGUCCAGGGUUCACUUUGUUCACUGCAUGGUGCCCAAGGCGGACGCCCUCAAAGCUCUAAGUGGAUCCCUCUUCAAAGGUGGAGAAAGUGAUUCUCAGGGGGAGGGUGGAGAUUGUGCUUUAAUGCAGCUCGACGUGGCCUUGCUCCGUGCUCAGCUGCGUGGAUCCAAGCUGCUGGAUGCUCUGCGGAUCUAUAGACAAGGUUACCCCGACCACAUGGUGUUCUCUGAGUUCCGCCGACGUUUUGAUGUGCUGGCGCCGCACCUCACCAAGAAGCACGGGCGGAAUUACAUCGUGAAGGACGAGCAGAGAGCUGCGGAGGAGCUACUGGAGUGUUUGGAUUUGGAGAAGAGCAGUUACCACAUGGGUGUGAGCAGGUUAUUCUUCAAAGCUGGCACUUUGGCUAAAUUGGAGGAACAGAGGGAUGAGCAAACCAAGCGCAAUCUAAUCCUAUUCCAAGCUGCGUGUCGGGGUUAUCUGGCACGGCAAGCCUUCAAGAAAAGAAAGAUUCAGGAUCUAGCAAUUCGCUGCAUCCAGAAGAACAUCAAGAAGAACCGUGGUGUGAAGGACUGGCCUUGGUGGAAAGUCUUCACAACAGUCCAGCCACUCAUUAAGGUUCAGCUCACCGAGGAGCAGAUGAGGAACAAAGAUGAGGAGAUCCAGAUGCAGAAGUCAAAGCUGGAGAAGGUGGAGAAGGAACGUAACGAGCUGAGACUGAACACGGAUCGCCUGGAGAGCAGGAUUGCAGACUUGUUGGCAGAACUGGCCGAUGAGAGGAGCACGAGUGAGUCAGCCUCCCAGCUGCUGCAGAGCGAGACCGCCGAGAGACUGCGUCUGGAGAAGGACAUGAAGGAUCUGCAGGCCAAGUUUGAUGUCGUGAAGAAGCAAAUGGAGACCCAGGAGAUGGAGGUGAUGGAAGCUCGGCUCCUGAAAACAUCAGAGCUCAACGGGGAACUGGACCCUGAUGAGGAUGCUGGAGGAGAGUGGCGGAUCAAGUAUAACAGUGCCAUCCGGGAAAUGGAGUUCACCAAGAAGAAACUCCAGCAGGAUUGGGAUGACAAGCUGGAAACGGAGCAGCAGAGCAAAAGACACCUGGAGAGAAGGCUGGCCGACCUGAAGGCCGACAACGAGGAUGUGCAGCGCUCGGUGCAGCAGCUGAAGAAGAAGAGCCAGAAGCUGACGGCUGAGCUGCAGGACACCAAACGGCAUCUGGAGGGCCUCCACAGCCGCAACCAUGACUUGGAAAAGAAACAGAGGAAAUUUGACACGGAGCAGAACCAGGCCCAGGCUGAGGUCCAAAGAGAAAAGAGUCUGAGGGAGAAGCUGUCCCGAGAGAAAGACACCAUGACAACAGAGAUGUUUAACCUCCGCCAGCAGCUUCAGGAAAAGGACUCGGACUUGGCUGCUGCCAACGUGAUGGUGCAGCAGCUUGAAGCCGAGCUGCAGGAUCUGUCUUCACAGGAGUCCAAGGAUGAAGCCUCACUCGCCAAGGUCAAGAAGCAGCUGCGUGACCUUGAGGCCAAGGUGAAAGACCAAGAGGAGGAGCUGGAUGAACAGGCUGGAAGCAUCCAGAUGCUGGAGCAGGCGAAGCUGCGUCUGGAGAUGGAGAUGGAAAGGCAGCGGCAGAGCCACUGCAAAGAGAUUGAGAGCAAGGAUGAAGAGGUGGACGAGAUCAGGCGGUCCUGCAGUAAGAAGCUGAAACAGAUGGAGGUGCAGCUGGAGGAAGAGUACGACGAUAAGCAAAAAGUCUUGCGUGAGAGACGUGAGCUGGAGUCCAAACUGCUGAGUGCACAGGACCAGGUGAGCCAGAGGGACGUGGAGACGGAGAAGAGGCUGAGGAAGGACUUGAAGAGAACCAAGGUCCUGCUGGCAGAUGCUCAGAUUAUGUUGGACCACCUGAAGAGCAACGCCCCGAGCAAGAGGGAGAUUUCCCAGUUCAAAAAUCAACUGGAAGAGUCAGAGUUCACGUGUGCGGCGGCCGUGAAGGCUCGAAAGGGCAUGGAGUUGGAAAUAGAGGACUUGCAUAUACAAAUGGAGGACGUGGCCAAAGCCAAAGCGGCGCUGGAGGAGCAGGUGAGCCGCCUUCAGCGAGAGAAGAACGACAUGCAGUCUCGCAUGGAGGAGGACCAGGAGGACAUGAAUGAUCUGAUGAAGAAAAACAAGGCCGCUGUCUCCCAGUCUGCCAGAGACUUGGGCCAAAUCAGUGACCUCCAGGCGCAGCUGGAGGAGUCCACCAAGGAGAGGCAGGAGAUCCAAGAGAAGCUACACUCGCUGCAAAGCCAGCUGGAGUUCCAGGAGCAGUCCAUGGUGGACAAGUCCCUGGUGAGCCGUCAGGAGGCCAAGAUCCGCGAGCUGGAGACCAAACUGGAGUACGAGAGGACGCAGAUUAAACGUCUGGAGAGUCUGGUUGGUCGUCUGAAGGACAACCUGGAGAAGAUGACUGAGGAGAAAAACCAGCGCAUUGCUUCAGAGAACAGGGAGAAGGAGCAGAACAAGCGCAUGCAGAGACAGAUAAGGGACAUCAAAGAAGAAAUGGCGGAGGUGUCCAAGAAGGAAUGCGAAGCCAGCCGCAAGAAACACGAGCUGGAAAUGGACAUCGAGAGCUUAGAGGCAGCCAAUCAGAGCUUGCAGGUGGACCUGAAACUGGCCUUCAAGAGGAUCGGAGACCUGCAGGCGGCCAUCGAGGACGAAAUGGAGAGCGAUGACAACGACGAGCUCAUCAACAGUUUGCAAGACAUGGUGACAAAGUAUCAGAAAAGGAGGAACAAAACCGGGGAUGAAACAGACACAGAUUCUGAGGUGGAGGACCGCGUGGAUGGAGUUAAGUCCUGGCUCUCCAAGAACAAAGCCUCCUCUAAAGCCCAGUCGGACGAAGGAAGUCUGAAGAGCACCAGAUAUUCAGCAAAUGCAGAUGGCAAAGAUGUGAAAGAUGCUAAGGAGAAGACAAGUGAUGGAAGUCCAGAUGGCAAAGAUGCAGAGCAGAGCAGGUCUGUCUCUGCCAUGAGCUCCCUGAGCUACCGGAAGCGCUCCCACCUCAAAGACUCCAUCGGGGGUACGGGCGAUGAGAGCUCCCUUUUUAGCACUCUAAAAGAACAGCCCGACACACCGGACCACACCUCCAUCCGCAAAGCCAAGUCCAAGGAUCUCCAGGAAGACUGGAAGAAGAGCCAAACACAGGAAGACUUGGACGAUAAAGGCUCCGUCAUCUCCAUGGCUUAUUCCGAGGCCACCAGCAGAGCGAGGAAGGGUCUGGAUUCACGAUGGACGUCCCGAAGCAGCCCUGAAUUUGACAAAGACUCCGUUGUAUCUUCUGUGGCACCCAGCAGGAGGUCCACCAGGAGGGGGAUGUUGGAUGAUGACAACAAGUCCACCAUCAGCAGCGUGAGCCACUCCACCCCACCAUCUCUGCAUCGGAGCAGUUCUUGGAGAGACGACAGGCGCAGCAGCUCUCGGCUGUCCCUCGCUCGUAGCUGUGGCCUCAGCGAGUUUGGUGUUCACGUAGAUGAUGAUGAUGAUGAUGAUGGGCGGAGUGUGGCGUUUACAGAAGCAGGGACUUCGCCUUACAGUCCUCGCUCCCACCCCCGUAGUCUCUCCACCCCUGCCCGGCCUCGUUCUUCUGACGGCAACCCGCCAGAUACGUCUGACAUCAGGCCUGUCACACACCGGAACUACUUGGACCCGGACUUGGAGGCCGCCAUUAACGAGGUGCUCAGCUUCAAACCCAUAAAGUUCAAGCGAAGCAAGCUUGAUGAGUCCAGUGAUGAGGACGCAGAUGAGAAGAAGGACGUGGGAAGCAAGGAUGGUCGGAAGAAGUCAGAUGACGAAGGGCUUGGUUGCAGCAAACCCAGCGUGCUUCGCUCGGCAUCCAGCUCCGCAUUGGACUACGCCGGCCGACCUUCCAGCACCCUUAGUACCGCAUCUCGCGGUCGUAAGGAUAAAAAGAGCAAAGUCUCUCCGUCGGAUGACUCGUCUUCAGAUGAUCGUCACAGCAGGAGGAGCUCGAGGAGAAAGAAGGGCAAAAAGUCCAAGAGGAGAUCCAAGAAGAAGGAGAGUGAUUCAGAGGAUUCCUCCUCAUCCUCAGAGUCAUCCGAGUCCUCUUCCGAUUCCACUGUCUCAUACCGCAGCUCCAACAGCGUUAAAAAGAGCCCCAGACGGCCAUCCGAUGAUGAGAAGGGAAAUGGGAAUGGGAGUGGUGGGACAUCCAAGAGGAAGCAGAAGAAGAUGGAUAACCUGGUGAUGAAGUACCUCUACAGGCCGGACAGUGACUGAUAGCAGCCCACCAAGCCCUCCUGCAGCCAGGCGACAUCUGACCCUCGGCAGAUCUGACGAAGAGGACGAGGUGGACUGAAAGAGCAGCGGCAGCCAAAGAGGCCGAGCGACAUCGAGGGCUCGCUGGACGUGAGCACGACGUAACAAACUGGGGUCACCUUGUGAAGCCAACCAGGAGGGAGAGCAUCCCGCAGAGAACAGCGCUUUCAUUUGGGGAUUAUGUCAUUGUUGUUCUUCAUCUCCUCACCCCCCCCACCCCCCCUUAAUAAACGUCAUGCAUCAUAUUGGCGUAAGGCAGAAGUUGAGAUAAUUUGGAGAAAAAGCUUCUGAUGUAUUUGAAAGAGCUGCUUUUCAGGCACAUUUAAGCGUUCCUCUGCACUUCCUGUCUAUUCAGCCCUGCCAAGAGGAUUUAGAUAAGCCUGCUCUGGAUGGACUUCUCCAAGAAAGUCUGACCAGCUGCUAAGACUUCUCUUAUCUCUUCCUUAUGCAUGUGGACUGGCGCAGCUGGCUCCUUUUUCAAUUCAUUCUGCUUGAUUCUACUUGAUUUGAUGAACAAAUGGACAUCCCGAUGGACACCCCAAUGGACGCCCCGAUGGACACCCCGAUGAACUCCCCAAUGGACAUCCCAAUGGACGCCCCAAUGGCCACCCGAUCACCCGUUCACACUGAAGCAAGCGUACUGAAUGUUGGUCUGUCUUCACACGAUACUGUACAUUACACUACCAUGCCAGUAGGCUUCAUUUGGAGGAAUAUUUCAUACUUCAUUCUGUCUUUCAAAUGGAAGUUAUUUGCUUGGGGUUUAUAUGUUUUUAUAUGCGUGCACAUUAAUUAAUUGUUUUAAAGCCAAGCGUGUCGCUGUUGCAUAUUUAAAGUUUAGAAUAUUUAGUAGUGGUGUCACAAGACAAGACGAUACACAAGAUUGGCUCUACGAGAACGAGACAAGAUGUUAACUUUUGUUGAAAGUACAAUGGAAAAGUAAAUACGGCAAUAUAUUGUAAUCUAAUCAUUUCAUUUCUAUGUUACACUCUGUGUGGAUGCGAGCAGCCCCGCCUCCACCCACCCAAACAAAUAAUGGAUGAGGCCUAGUUGCCACCAGACAUCUUCUCUUCAUUGGUUUAUGAUCAUCCCAGGCCUAGUUCCCACCAGAUAUCUUCUUCUCGUCAUUGGUUUAUGAUCAUCCCAGGCCUAGUUCCCACCAGACAUCUUCUCGUCAUUGGUUUAUGAUCAUCCCAGGCCUAGUUCCCACCAUACAUCUUCUUCCCACCAGACGACUUCUGAACGAGAAGCCUUGACUGGCAACCAGGCCAUCUUGUGAGAUCUUGUGACACCUCUAAUAUUUAGUGCCAAAUUGUGGAUUUUUGUGUUUUAUUUGAAGAAAAUCCGUCAAUAUUGUUCCAUGCCGAGCUGCAACUAACCUUUAUUUGCUUAGUCCAUUCAUCUGAAGCUCGCUUUGAUGGACGGAGCAAAUCAAUAUGAAGCAAAGACACGCAGUUAGUGCUUUGGUACGCAACAUAUCAGACAAGAGGCCAAAACGUCCAUCAGUCUUUUCCAAAGUAAAAGCUAGUGUGUGUGUGUGUGUGUGUGUGUGUUCUGCUUUCAUGCACGACUAAGGACCUUUGAGGCUGACAUCAGAGGAUAUUUAUAUUUGUUCCCCAAAAGACCAUAAAAGCCAAAACAGUUGCAAUGGGUAGUUGAUUAAUGAUUGAUUUAUGGAUUCAUUGUUGCGUCUAUUGAAUAUGUCAAAGCUUGUUACUGACACGCUUCAUGACGUGGCUGAGACUGCAUUCUCUAGUUUUCAUGGACAAAGUGAAGUUUCCUUUUGUUUGCUGAUGUGAUGGAAGCAGCAUCACAUGGGAAACUCCAAAACGUGAAAGAUGAGCAGCCACCAUCGCUGCAGACAUCUUUGAUGUGAGCAGGCCCGAUACUUACCCAGUGAAAAGGUUCUUGCAGGUUUCCAGACUGCUGCCUUCACCUCGUCUCCUCAUUUCUGGAAGAUUUCCAGUCAAGAAAUGCAGCUUGCCGUCCUUUGGAGGUCAUGUGGAGGAAUGAAGUCUUUCCACAGGCUUCUCCCGCGAGACGGCAGAGGAAACAAACAAUGCAUGGAAAUGAAGCAAAGCUGCAGGGAAUGUUGCUGCGGCAUCUGAAUGUUUGAAGAUGUACGCCGCACAGCUCCUCACCGCAAACCAAGAUGGAGGCUAAUGAAGAAAACGUUCCAAGAUGAUUCCACCGACGUUGGAGGCAGCGCCAGCGGUUGGAGGGAGAGCCAAUGGGCAGCCAGCAGCGAGGCAUUGAAUAGACAUAAUCAGGCACUGACUAGAAAAGAGAAAGUCCAAAGUGUUUGCUGAGACGCUUCCAAGAUUGCCAGAUGGACACAUCGGCCGCCGACGGUGGCCGGUUCCUGUUGGCGGCUGCAAGUCGCUGAGCGCGGGUGUCGGAGUGACGAGCAACUGACAUUUACAAUCUCUCAGCACUCAAGUGUGACCCCAAACUUGGCCACGGUGGAUGGUUUGAGUCAUUGCUGGCUUUUAUGUCUUCAUCCUCUUCCACUCGCCUUCCUGCAUCCCCUUCCAGUCGUUCUAGUCAUUCCCGUAGCUCAUACUUUCACUACGCAUUACUUCUGAAAUUUUACUCAAUGAAAAGUUAAAUCUUUUUAGUCCACUUGAAGUCCGUUUUCUUCAAAAUAUGAUUUAUGUCUAAGUAUUGGAACUCAGAUGAAGGAAAAAGAUGUGAUAAAAAAUACACUGUACACCAAAGUGUACAUGUCAGUACAAAGUCAAAGUAUCUUCAAAAACACAAUAAAAGUCUUCAUAAAGACAAUAUCAUAUCAAACAUAUCAUAUAUCCAUAAAGACAAUAUAUAUCCAUAAAGACAUAUCUCCAUAAAGACAAUAUAUAUCCAUAAAGAUAAUAUAUAUCCAUAAAGACAAUAUAUACCCAUAAAGACAAUAUAUACCCAUAAAGAUAAUAUAUCUCUAUAAAGACAAGAUAUAUCCAUAAAUACAAUAUAUACCCAUAAAGAUAAUAUAUCUCUAUAAAGACAAGAUAUAUCCAUAAAGACAAUAUAUAGUAUAUCCAUAAAGACAAUAUAUCUCCAUAAAGACAAUAUAUAGUAUAUCCACAAAGACAAUAUACGUAUCUCCAUGAAGACAAUAUAUAUCCAUGAAGACAAUAUCUCCAUGAAGACAAUAUAUAUCCAUACAGACAAUAUAUCUCCAUGAAGACAAUAUAUAUCCAUACAGACAAUAUAUAGUAUAUCCAUAAAGACAAUAUAUAUCCAUAUAGACAAUUUCUAUACAUAAAGACAAUAUAUCUCCAUCAAGACAAUAUAUAUCCAUAAAGACAAUAUAUAGUAUAUCUAUAAAGACAAUAUAUCUCCAUCAAGACAAUAUAUAGUAUAUCCAUAAAGACAAUAUAUAUCCAUAAAGACAAUAUAUAUCCAUAAAGACAAUAUAUCUCCAUAAAGACAAUAUAUAUCCAUAAAGACAAUAUAUCUCCAUAAAGACAAUAAGAUACGUUACAAAGAUGUGAUAUCCAAAUAUCCCAUCUUGUCCAAAUAGCAAACGGCGCCAGUCAGCAUCGAGCAUGUCAGACGUGCCACAGCAGGGGUCCCCAGCCGGUUCAUGGAUGGGAAACGUUCAGACGCACUCCUAAAAUAGAAAAAAUAAAAAUGCUUCCAUUAUUCUUGUCAAAUUGCAACUUGAAUUUGUUGUCUUCAUACUUGGACCUGAUUGUUGCCAGAUUGUGUUUCAUCCUUUGUACUGCUGUGUUUUGGUUCUUGGGAAUUCUUGCUGGGAAUGUUUGGAGUCGUCCAACCAAACCCGCUCAGCGUCUGCAGCUUCGCUGAACAAAUAAAAGCCUCGGACUUCCAAGAUGAUGGAAUCAAAUCCAA